AUGAAAGACACUGCUGAAAACAUCGACACUGAUCGUGUUACUAAGAUGUGGAUGGAAGCUGCCUGCAAACGCUGUCAGCCCAAGCUAUCUGACUAUGGAUCUGUUUUGCGCGACAGCCUGUUCGUCCCAUUUGUGGAAGCUGCGUCCCAGUCCAUGGGGACUUCCGAGCUUUCUCCCCACUAUAUUGCGCUUCUGGACAGUUUUGUUGAGAUGGCCAAGGACGAGUGCGGUGCGACCGACUCAAUGGACUUGUGCCAGGACCCCUCCCAAGUCAAGUCAUUGGUGAAGUGCAUUCAAGGCCAGGGCUGGUCUUUCGUUCUGCGAAACGCCCCUACCUUCCUGCCUAUCCUCCUGGCAAAUCCGUGCGGCAAACAGAUGGAUUAUCUCUCCAGUCCAGAUCUACUUGACAGUAUCCUUCCUGCCUAUAUGAAGAGAUAUGCCGAGAGCUGCUAG